GGAAGGUAGUUGGUGCUGAUGCAGGAUGGCAGCGCCCGUAGGAGCCUCUGAGAUCUGAGAGGAGCAGAGACUCUGGGUGCCCUUUGGAGACAUCCCCUCCCUCACUUGCAGUAGCCUCCCCAGGCCUGCAGUACCAGAGAGGGAGGGAAAGGGGACUGGGGAGGGGGGAGAAGGGGCAGAUUUGUCGCCUGGCCCGGGGGUUGGGGCAGGAGGGGUUGAAUGCAUUGCUCUGUUUCCAUUUCUCGGGAACUGCCAAGCCUGAAGAGUUCGCAAUGACCUGCUAAAAAGUACGCGCGCUGGACCCCGUCGGGCCGCACUGGGACGUGGCUCGGUUGCUGGCCGGAUAUUUCCCACCCCUAGCUCCAGUGACCCUCUUGUCCCCCCUACCCCACCCACCCCAUCCCCCCUGCCAGCCCUUGCCCUCGCCCACAGCCGGCUGAGAUGGCGGACCCCUCUGAAUGCAGCAUCAAAGUGAUGUGCCGGUUCCGGCCUCUGAAUGAAGCGGAGAUCCUCAGAGGGGACAAAUUCAUCCCCAAAUUUAAAGGAGAUGAGACGGUGGUCAUAGGGCAAAGCAAGCCCUAUGUCUUUGACAGAGUGCUACCACCCAACACAAGCCAAGAACAGGUUUACAAUGCUUGUGCUAAGCAGAUCGUUAAAGAUGUACUGGAAGGUUACAAUGGGACUAUUUUUGCAUAUGGACAAACUUCUUCAGGAAAAACCCAUACCAUGGAGGGGAAGCUCCAUGACCAUCAACUUAUGGGAAUCAUCCCAAGAAUUGCACAUGAUAUCUUUGAUCACAUUUACUCUAUGGAUGAAAAUCUGGAGUUUCAUAUCAAGGUUUCCUAUUUUGAGAUCUACUUGGACAAAAUAAGAGAUUUACUUGAUGUAUCCAAGACAAACCUGGCUGUACAUGAAGAUAAAAACAGAGUCCCAUAUGUAAAGGGUUGCACAGAACGAUUUGUCUCAAGCCCUGAAGAAGUAAUGGAUGUCAUUGAUGAAGGAAAGGCAAAUCGCCAUGUUGCUGUGACAAACAUGAAUGAGCACAGCUCUAGGAGUCACAGCAUCUUCCUGAUCAAUAUUAAACAAGAAAAUGUAGAGACUGAAAAAAAACUCAGUGGAAAGCUUUAUCUGGUUGACUUAGCCGGGAGUGAAAAGGUCAGCAAAACUGGAGCAGAGGGAGCAGUUCUUGAUGAAGCUAAAAAUAUCAAUAAGUCUUUGUCUGCUCUGGGCAAUGUGAUCUCUGCCUUGGCAGAGGGAACAAAAACUCAUGUACCAUAUCGAGAUAGUAAAAUGACUCGGAUCCUUCAAGAUUCUCUGGGAGGAAACUGCAGAACCACCAUUGUUAUUUGCUGUUCUCCUUCUAUUUUCAAUGAAGCUGAAACCAAGUCCACAUUGAUGUUUGGACAAAGAGCCAAGACCAUCAAGAAUACAGUCUCUGUGAAUCUAGAACUAACUGCUGAAGAAUGGAAGAAGAAGUAUGAAAAAGAAAAAGACAAAAACAAGAGCUUGAAGAAUGUUAUCCAGCAUCUGGAAAUGGAACUGAACAGAUGGAGAAAUGGGGAAGCUGUGCCUGAGGAUGAACAGAUCAGUGCUAAAGACCAGAAGAAUCUGGAACCCUGUGACAAUACACCCAUCAUAGACAACAUGACCCCUGUUGUCUCUAGCAUCUCCACAGAAGAGAAACAGAAGUAUGAUGAGGAGAUAACCUGCUUAUAUAGACAGUUGGAUGAUAAGGAUGAUGAAAUUAACCAGCAGAGCCAGCUGGCUGAAAAAUUAAAGCAGCAGAUGUUGGAUCAGGAUGAGCUUUUAGCUUCUACAAGAAGAGACUAUGAGAAGAUCCAAGAGGAGCUGACUCGUCUCCAGAUUGAGAACGAGGCUGCCAAGGAUGAGGUGAAAGAGGUUCUUCAAGCCCUAGAGGAACUAGCUGUCAAUUAUGACCAGAAGUCACAGGAAGUGGAGGACAAGACCCGAGCCAAUGAACAGCUGACUGAUGAGCUAGCCCAGAAAACGACUACCUUGAGUGCUACACAAAGAGAGCUGAAUCAGUUGCAGGAGCUGAGUAAUCACCAGAAAAAACGUGCCACAGAAAUCCUGAAUUUACUGUUGAAGGACCUGGGGGAGAUUGGUGGAAUCAUUGGCACCAAUGAUGUGAAGACAUUAGCAGAUGUAAAUGGAGUGAUUGAGGAGGAGUUUACCAUGGCCCGGCUGUACAUCAGUAAGAUGAAGUCUGAAGUGAAAUCUCUAGUGAACCGGAGUAAACAGCUGGAAAGUACACAGAUUGAUUCUAACCGGAAGAUGAAUGCCAGUGAGCGGGAGCUUGCAGCCUGCCAGCUGCUAAUCUCACAGCAUGAAGCAAAAAUCAAGUCUCUAACAGAUUACAUGCAAAAUAUGGAGCAAAAGAGGAGACAGUUGGAAGAGUCCCAGGAUUCAUUGAGUGAAGAACUGGCUAAACUCCGUGCCCAAGAAAAAAUGCAUGAAGUCAGCUUCCAGGAUAAAGAAAAAGAACACUUGACCCGGCUUCAGGAUGCAGAGGAAAUGAAGAAAGCUUUGGAGCAACAGAUGGAGAGCCAUAGGGAAGCCCACCAGAAGCAGCUGUCCAGACUUCGAGAUGAGAUUGAAGAGAAGCAGAAAAUCAUUGAUGAGAUUCGGGAUUUGAACCAGAAACUACAACUGGAACAAGAGAAACUGAGUUGUGAUUAUGACAAAUUGAAAAUAGAGGACCAGGAGAGAGAGAUGAAAUUGGAAAAACUCAUAUUGCUCAAUGAUAAAAGGGAACAAGCAAGAGAAGAUCUCAAAGGAUUAGAGGAAACUGUGUCUAGAGAACUGCAGACUCUUCAUAACCUUCGUAAACUCUUUGUCCAGGAUCUUACCACCAGAGUUAAAAAAAGUGUUGAACUGGACAGUGAUGAUGGAGGGGGAAGUGCUGCCCAGAAGCAGAAAAUUUCCUUUCUUGAGAACAACUUGGAACAACUUACUAAGGUUCAUAAACAGCUGGUUCGUGAUAAUGCAGAUCUUCGUUGUGAGCUUCCUAAGCUGGAGAAAAGACUUCGUGCUACGGCGGAGCGAGUCAAGGCACUGGAGAGUGCACUGAAGGAAGCCAAGGAGAAUGCCAUGCGUGACCGCAAGCGGUACCAACAAGAGGUAGACCGCAUCAAAGAGGCUGUGAGAGCCAAGAACAUGGCAAGAAGAGCACAUUCUGCUCAGAUUGCCAAACCAAUCCGUCCAGGCCAUUACCCUGCAUCCUCUCCAACAGCUGUACAUGCCAUUCGAGGAGGAGGAGGUGGCGGGUCUUCUGCCUACUACCAGAAAUAAAAAUAAAAAUAAAAAAAAAAAAUGUGACUUCACUUAGCAUGUCAAAGACUGCAUUUACUCACCAAUUCCUUUUUUCUCCCACAUGAUCUCCAUUUUCUUUUAUACACGCUUCCUCCAGCCAUCUGCAGUACAUCAAUUUCAGGUAUUUUGAACUGUGUAGAAUCUCUAUGUGUACAGAAGUGUGUUUGGACUCAUCCUUCCCUCAGAAACCUGAACAAUGUAUUUACCAUCUCCACCUAGAUGACAGCAGACGGUUCACUACUUAGAAUCUCUACCACUGACUCAUGGCGCUGGCUACCUUAUUUAUAGGCUUCUUUGCUGGCACCAAGCCUUUCAGCAGUACUCUCAUGCCUGUAAAUCCCACUUCUCUGUAUCCGAGGUAACACUGCAAUAGCCAAGCGCCAGAUAAAGCAGGUGAUUGUGUUCCAUCAUGACUGUCUGGUUUCCUGUAUAAUAAACAUAUUACUUUAUAUUUUUAGGGGAUGAAAAAAUGUGCUGCUAUAUGGUUUAAAAUUUUAAUUCUGAACACUUUUCGGAAAUGAAUUUCCCCAAAGAGGCAUUUUUAAUAUCUUGGUGAAAUCUUUGGAUCUGUAUAAUAAACCCUUUGGUAUGGUACUUGUUAAAAGAUGAAGCCAAUUUAUUCAUAAUUCAGAAAAAAAAGCCAUCUGUUAGUAGAGAUCUAGAUUUUGGUCACACAAACACAUCUAUGUAAAUGGAAAGUCAUAGCAUUCAUGUCUGAUCUGCUUGCAAUUGUACCUGAAGUGAAUGGCCCCUCCUAAUGGAAUGACCAGUCUGAUUCACCUGUCAGUCCAUCAAAAGUAUUUAAAAUGCUACAAAAUCUGACCAAUGGAAAUGGAAAAUUUUGUUCCCCAGCCCCUAGGCCUUUCCCCACAAUCUGUUCUACAGAGAAGUGGAAUUAAAAGAUUCCUGCUCUCUUUAAGGAAGAUUUUGGAGAAGAUGUUCUUGAACAAAUUCAGGAACAUCACAAGAAGUUGGAAAAGAAAGAUUAAAAUGGAAAAAUCUUCAUAGCUGACUGUAAAUGCGUAAUUCUGUAUAGGUAUUCUGUAUAGAUAUUCUGUUGUCCUAAUUCAUUUAUUUAGUCCAAGGUUCUUUUUGGUAGUUUUUUCUUUUGGUACCAGAUAGAUUUGAUAUUUCCUUCUUAGUAGAUGACAAUGGAAGAAAUUUGUAUAAAUGGGGUUUAGAGAAGGCAAAGUUUGUAAGUGCUUGUUGCUGCCUUGGAUUCACACCUAUAAACCCUUAAUUCCACAUGUGUAGAUUAAAAUGUGACGUGGCCAAACAAAGUUUCAUUAACCUGUUCUGCUCUUCCCCUUUUCCUCCUCCUACACACACACACACACACACACACACACACACACACACACACACGUUACUCUUGCUUGCUGCAAUUUUUUUGUGACAAAUUUGCUACUAAAUCCAACAAUUAGCUAUUGUGUUUUGUAUGUGAUCCAUUUUAGGAUAUGUUUGUACCAGCCAGUAAUAGUUCAAGAUGGACCUGGAACAAGGUAGUAUGCUUAUGCUAUCAGCCACAAGCUUUGCAAAUCAACCUUGUUAUUCCUGGCUACAAUCACCAGUAGAAUAAAAUUGAUGUCAUCAGUGUUGGUGUGUGUAGGCAGAUGGUUGGGAACAGCUAGAUGUGUGUUUCUGCACAUGUCUAGUUGUAGACAUAUGUAUAAGCAUCUAGAGAACAAGCUGAAAGAUUGUGGAUUGGCUUCAAACCCUCCAGCUAUUUAGCUUAGAUCUAUCCAAGCUUUUUUCCUUAAAGAUUGUCUAGCCUAGCAUCUUUUAUAUGCUUCCUAUUCAUUGGGUAAGUGUUACGGAAAAAAAUGUUGAUGGGGACAGAGGAGUGAGAGGAAAGAGUAAGUUGGGAGAUAGACAAUUCUGGUAUUUAUUUAAUGAAGUUCAUCACUUUGCAUUGUUUCAUUUCCCCCCAUUUCCUGCAUGUUUUCUUGAAGGUACACACUGUUAGAAAAAAGGACUGUCAGACUGACAUUUAUAGUUUUCUAAAGGGGCCAGUCUAGGGUAAAUUGCCGCCUUAUCACUUAGUUACAUGUGGCUAAAAUGUGUAUUAGCAACAAGGUACCAAGUUGCCUCUGAUUUUUCUACCCUAAAACAUCAGUCCUAGAGAAGAAUGCCAAUUAAUGAAUUGCCAUAAUGUCAUUGUACAUGAUGUAUGUUGUAUUAUUUUUUAUGCACUAAUUUUGUGUAAAUGGGCAGAGGCCAGUAAUUUGGGGUCUCAGUUGUUUAUUAGUAUACAUUAUGAAUCCAUUAAAAGGUUUUAAUUUGAAAAAAUGCAGGCCUAGGGAAGUGAUGAAAAUACUUCCAUUAAAAAUGUUUUUUUCAUCAAUACAUGAAUGCAAGUUAUUUGAUAUUAAAAGGAGAGCCCACAAAGCUAUUUUAUUCAUAAGAAAAGUUGGUUUUGAUAUCUCAUGAAGAUAAUUCUGCUAGAUGCUGAUCAGCCAGUCAGUUCACCUAGCUUACAUUUUAUGAGACCUCCAAACUAACUUUUAUAUUGUGACACUAAGAUAACUUUGUGUUUCUGAAAUGCUGAAAGCAAAUUGAUUAAAUUUCACAUUUAAAUCUAGGCCUUGUGCAUUAAACUUAAAUUUAUGUAAUAACUUACUUGUCUUAAUAGCUUUAGUAACAAAUGCUCUGCAAGUUUUGUUUCCUUCUUAUUGAAGGAAACAUCUCAGUUUUAAAUUUCAGAAUUUGCUUGAAUAUUUUGUAUUUUGCUGCUUUAAAUUUGUACACAAAUGUAAACCACAUCUCUGCUCUUUGGAUUUUACAGUUGUCUUUUGAGGUUUUAUACAGUUUUAAGCUAAUAUGUUCCUCUUCUUUUUUCCUGUGAAUAAUUUUAUAAUUCAUUCCAUUUCUUGAGAGUUUUGGUAUUAGAAGGGGAUAGUCAAGUAGUUUAAAUAAAUGCAAUCUACUUUCAAAUGAAAAACCUAACAUACAGGACAAUUGUUUGCUAAAUUAUAAGUGUCAUUUUAGACUUGAAGAUUUAUGGUUGGGGGAAAAAAUCUUGUUUAAUGCCAAAUGUGUUUAGCUGCUCAGUUACUAUAGAAUUCUGUACAAAUGUAUUUCUUCAAAUUACUAUUUAUUAUUUUAGUUUUGUUGAAUGACGGAAUGCUUAGUAGUCUGAGAAAGGAGGAUUAUUAAAAACUUUUAAAGGUAAAUAUAUGCUAAAUUGGGUGUGUGUAUGUGAGGGGAAUCCACUAGGAUAUAUGGUAAUUUGGGGGGACAAGUGAGGAGAUAAAGUCUACCUAGAAUAGAUUAAGAUGGCCACUGGGCUUUCCUCUGCUUCCAAAAAAAAAAAAAAAAAAAAAAAACCCCAACCCUAAAGAUAAUGAUCACUGAAUGUAGUCUCUCUUCAAGGAUAGGAUAAAUAAGUAUAGUGUGGAGAUGAGAAUGAAACUCUUUUUUCCUAUCAGGAAAAUGAAAAUAACUGAAAAUUCAGAUUGCCAUUUCUGGAUUCCAUUUGUGUGAAGAUAAUAGAUAUUCAAAAGUCUAAAGUGAAAACAUUUUGGGGAACUACUUCAUAGAUGAGGAGGAAAAUAAUUACUUUUUAUAUUCUUAAUCUGGGUAUUUCAGUCAUCUUAUAAGAGUCUUCUUAAUCUCCAAUUACUUCACAUAGUGUUAACAAUUUGGAUAUUAAAAAUGUAUUGGAUGGGGGCCAAAUAACCAUAGAAGGAAGCCACAAUCCAUAAAAUUUCUCUCUUACUCAUAAAAAAAAAUGUGUAUCAAUUUUAAAUACUUUUCAGUGUGGGCAGAUAAUGGGGGAAUGUGGCAUUCUGUAGAAUUAUACAUGUCUAGUUUGUAAAGUGUGUAAUGUGUACUGCAGAUGUGUAUUCUUUGGGCUCUAUGUAUCUGUACAAUAGCUUUCAUUUUAGGAAAAAAUGUGGAAAGACUUUUUGGGUGGUACAAGGGGGAAAAUGAUCAUCUGCAUCAAAUAAUGAUGCUCUAAUAUAUUAAAUCUAACAGAAGAUCAGAAAAUAACCCUUCCCUGCCUCAUGGAUGAGUUUUGUUUAUCUUUUAGGUCCUAAGAUGCUAUUCAAGAUGUAUGGAUACACUGGCAGACUGCAUGAUGUAUAAUUUGAAAAAUGUUAAAAGUGGAAAAUAAAAUUGAAUUAAAAUUUA